CCCCAAAAGCACCACCGCCACCCCACCACCCCCACCACCAGCACCACCGCCGCCGCCGCCGCCAGCAGCUUGUUCUCUCUAAUGGCAACACGCACUUCAACGGCAUCGUAAAACUUGUCCUUUCCUACAAUAGCAUUCAAAUUCUUCAGUUUCUCGAGUAUAAAUAAUUUCGUAGAAAAAAGUUUGGUUAACUGAGUUAUAUCUAUAUAUAUUUUUCUAGAGUUUAUUUGUUUGUUGUUUUUGAUUUUGGGGGAAAAUGGCGAUGGCUGAGAAUGAGGGAACUGGAGGAGAUGAUCAAAAGGAGGUGGCCAGUGGGCCCCCCAAGUCUCCCUGGAAAACUACGGCGGCCGUUGAUUCUUCCUCAUCUCCGGUGACUUCUGAUUCCUGGCCGGCGCUUUCCGAUGCUCAGCAGCGCACUCCCAAGAGUAUCUCCGUUGAUUCCCGCUCUCCCAAGUCUCCUCCUCCGCUGCAACAGUCAGCUCCGGCUGACGGAGCUGAGCCUUCCUCACCUGCUCCUCCGGGAUCAGCUGAGCAGCAAAAAUCAAAUGGCCGUGGAAAUCCUAAGGCUUCACAUAAAUCCUCUGGAGUUCGCCCACAAAAAAUGGGCCCUAAGCACUACCCAAAUGGUGCACCCCAUUUUGCUGUACCUUUACCUUACCAUCAACCAGGAAUGCCUCCAGUUUUUCAUACUAUGGUACCUAUGCCACACAUACCUGUUCAUGGAUAUGUUUAUCAGCCUGCCCCUGGACCUUUUCCCAGUGCAGACACUCAUGUCCCAAUGCAAGCUUUUACUCCAGUAGAUGGUAGCUAUAGACCUUCACCACGACCUGGUACUAAAGCAUAUGAUGCCAAAUCAUUAAAAAGAAGACCUGAGCUACAGGACCAGAAUUUCCAGUCCACUCCUAGGCAAAAUCAGCAACCAGUUACUUCUAAAGAAAAUGUUCAAUCCCAACAACCUAUGGGACCAAGGCCUUUCAUGAGGCCUCCAUUUUUUCCAGCUCCAGGCUUCAUUGAUGGGCCAGGCUUCCCAGGUCCUGCAGGACCCAUCUACUAUAUCCGCCCUGCUUCUCCUGGCUCUGCAAGAAUGCCUUAUCCACCUUUCUUUCCUCUGCAUCCAUUGAGCCCUGGGCCUCCUAUGGUACCUUCCGCAACUGUAUCACUAAGAGGCAGUAUUGUAAAGCAGAUUGAAUAUUACUUCAGUGAUGAGAAUCUACAGCAUGAUCACUACUUGCUUUCCUUGAUGGAUGACCAUGGCUGGGUUCCAAUAUCCAUCGUUGCUGACUUCAAAAGGGUUAAGAAAAUGAGUACAGACAUAUCAUUUAUCUUGGAUGCACUGCAGGCUUCAACUACUAUAGAAAUUCAGGGUGACAAGGUAAGAAGACGCGAUGAAUGGUCGAAGUGGAUUAAUCAUAAAUUGUCCUCUCUAGUUUGGUCUUCCCCUAAAACUUUGGAGAAUAAUGAUAGUUCUCUAAGUGCUACUAACGAGAUGAAUCACGAUAAGGACAGCUUUGACAAGGCAAAUCGGAUAUCUAUAAGAAAUGAGAGGGUAGUGGAUUACACAUCUUCAAGAAGCAGUACUCAAGAUGUGAUAGUUAAUGAUGAUGCGGAGAAGAAUUAUCGAGCAAUUCAAAUAGGAAAUGUUGUUUCUGCGCCAGAAUUGGUCUCUCCAUCAAAAAGACAGUCCACCCGUUUUUGUCCUAAUAAAGCCAUGCCAGAAUGCUCACAAGGACCUUCAGCAAAAUCUGAUGUCAAUGAAGGCAAUGCAAAUAGAUGUGCGAAGUUGCCUUCAGAUGCCACUAAACAGAAAGUAGAGGACUUGUCAAAUGAUUUUUCAAGCACAUUUAUGCUUGAUGAAGAGUUAGAACUUGAGCACAAGACAGACAGUAAGCAUACAUCUGCCACAGGAAGGGUUGAUGAUGAAGAUGAAGAGAUGGUUGUUAAUGAUCAGGCUGUUGACAGACUUGUAAUUGUUACCCAGAAUACUCGCAUGGUUGAUGAAUCUGGAAGUGUUGUAAAGGGACCAAAUUCCAUGUCAUGUGAGCUUGCUUCGGCCAUAAAUGAUGGCCUCUUAUUUUAUGAGCAGGAGCUAAAAGCUAGGCGCUCUAAUAAUAGAAAUAAAAUCUCAAGCCAUGAAAAUAGAGAUGACAGUUCCAAAUCUUCUGUGGCUGCUCCAAAUAUGUCCAAAUCAAGGGCUGUCAAUACCUUGGCUGGAGGCAGUAGCAGUGAAAGUACAGGUAGUUCCAGUUCUCGAAGGAAGCAGAAUAAAGGAUUUCCUAAGCAGCAUUCAAAUUUCAUGCAGCGGCUGUUUCCCAGCACCUUUAGGAAUCAUGGAACUGGAAGGAACUCUUUUGGAACUAUAUCUGAAAGUCCUCCAAGCAUGUCAGUUGGAUUCUUUUUUGGUUCUACACCUCCUGACAGUCAUGGGAUAAGGCCUUCAAAGCUGAAUGCAUCUCCUCGUGGCAAUAGUUCUGUCGGUAGUCCACCUGUAGGUUCAGUGCCAAAGUCUUUUCCAGCUUUCCAGCAUCCAAGUCAUAAACUCCUAGAGGAAAACGGAUUCAAGCAACAGUUGUACAAGAAGUAUCACAAGCGAUGCCUUGGUGAACGAAAGAAACUGGGAAUUGGUUGCAGUGAGGAAAUGAAUACUCUUUAUAGGUUUUGGUCAUACUUUUUAAGAAGCAUAUUUGUAGAAUCUAUGUACAAUGAAUUCCGAAAAUUGGCACUAGAAGAUGCUGCUGCAAAUUAUAAUUACGGAAUGGAGUGCCUGUUCAGGUUCUACAGUUAUGGUUUGGAGAAGGAGUUUAGGGAGGACCUCUAUGCAGACUUUGAACAAUUGACGCUCGACUUCUACAAUAAAGGCAGUCUGUACGGUCUGGAAAAGUAUUGGGCACUUCACCAUUACCGUGAGGAGCAUGGUGAGAGAUCUCCUUUAAAGAAGCACCCAGAUUUGGAUAGAAUGCUAAGGGAAGAAUAUCGUAGUUUGGAUGAUUUCAAGCGUGCCAAAGGGAAGUUUCCAGCAGUAAAAGAGGAUGGCUAGUUGUCAGGCGUGACAGGUUGCAGCUUCAGUUGUCUGACAUCGUCAAUUUUGGAAAGCCAGUUGUAACAGUUUUGCAAGCAAGUUCGUGAUCCAUUUUGAAUGUGAUAGUGAUAUUGUACAUAGGAUCUGGAUAGGGUUGUCUAUACCUCUGAUGGCUGAAUGCAGAUCUUGUUUAAGAUUGAAGAAGUCUGCUACCUCAGUGACGCAUCCAUUUUCCCUUCCAGAUUAUAGUUUGUAAAUAGGGAGAGCAAAAAUAAAAAAAAAAUAAUGGACAUCAAUUGUAAUUUGCAUCUUGUGAAAUUAAACAUGUCCCUAACCUUAAAGAGAGAGAGAGAGAGAGAGAGAGAGAGAGUGAAUCAAUGAAAUGAGAAACCUGUUUUGGAGA